AUGAUUGAUCAAAAAAUUAUUGGUAUGUGCUUUUUGAUCUGCCUAGCAGUUGUUUUCAAUUUUUCUUUACAUCGUAUUGAAGAAGGUUAUGUUGGUGUUUAUUUCAGAGGAGGUGCAUUAUUACCUCAUGUUAGUACUCCAGGAUUCCAUAUGAUGAUACCACUUUUAACAACGUUCAAACCAGUCCAAGUGACUUUACAAACAGAUGAGAUAAAAAAUGUUCCUUGUGGGACUAGUGGCGGUGUUAUGAUUUACUUUGAUAGAAUAGAAGUUGUAAAUGUAUUAGAUGCUGGCAGUGUGUAUAACAUUGUAAGAAAUUAUACAGCUGAUUAUGAUAGAUCCUUAAUAUUCAAUAAGAUUCAUCAUGAGUUAAAUCAAUUUUGUUCUGUUCACACAUUACAUGAGGUUUACAUUGAUUUAUUUGAUCAAAUUGAUGAAAAUCUGAAGACUGCUUUACAAAGAGAUCUAAAUGAAAUGGCUCCAGGCUUAAGUGUCUUAGGUGUAAGAGUAACUAAACCGAAGAUUCCUGAAACCAUUAGGAAAAAUUAUGAGCUUAUGGAAGCAGAGAAAACAAAAUUGUUAAUUUCAACUCAACAUCAAAAAGUUGUUGAAAAAGAUGCUGAAACUGAUAGAAAGAAGGCUAUAAUUGAAGCUGAAAAAGAAGCUCAAGUAGCGAAAAUCCAAUACAAUCAGAAAAUCAUGGAAAAAGAAUCACUUCAACGUAUGGCAGCCAUAGAGGAUGAAAUGCAUCUAGCAAGAGAAAAGAGUCGUUCCGAUGCAGAUUAUUAUCAAAUGGCAAAGCAAGCUGAGGCAAAUAAAUUGCUAUUAACAAAAGAAUAUCUAGAACUUGAAAAAUACAAGGCCUUAUCACAAAAUGCUAAAGUGUUCUAUGGGCCAGAUAUUCCUAAGAUGUUUUCACUUGGUGGCUGUGGUGAGAAAUCAAUGAGUCCAGUCCAUGGUAUUGCCUUAGGAAAAGAUGAAACGGUCACUGAGUAA